CUCGGCGCAAGUCAACUCGCUCACCACAACAAACAUGAAGACCAUCGUAGUAGCCUCAGUCGACGCCCUUUAUAACCAUUAUACCAUGUAAUAUAUCCCACCCACCACUAUAUUCACCGACUCAUGUUUAAACAAUAAGGAGAAGAUGAACAUCAUGCGCAAGUGGUGGGGAUCGGGGUCACGGGUCGGGGGCGUCAUGGAGAAUAUGGACACCGUCAACUCUCAGGCGGCCCAGCAACACCUCGCCCUGGGACUGAUGCACCUCAAGAAACUGUUCAGUGAGUACUCGUACCCUCCCCACCCACUCUCCGAGCCCGAAAAAGAAGACAAACUUUACAACAUGCUUCCAUUGUUCUGCAAGGUGUUUGGUUCCAGCCCAACUUCAGAUCUUCAGGAAAAAUUUGGUGAUGUUUUAAUCUUUACACAGCAUGUUAGUAAACUGAUGGUGACGGAGAUCAGACGUCGGGCCUCGAACCAGUCAACAGAAGCUGCUUCCUGUGCCAUUGUGAGGUUUCUCGAGAUUGACAGCUGUGAGGAGAGUAGUAACGGCUGGAUGCUGCUUACUGCCCUCAACCUCCUGGCUGCUGGACCUCCACAGUUGAUUGAGGUAAUGACAGCUGCCUCCCUACCAUCAACACUAGUCAAGUGCUUAUACCUCUUCUUUGAUCUGCCUGAGUAUGAGAGCCCCUCCACCGAUGUGACCACCCUACAGGCAGACAACGACUCUACUGAAUUCUCUGCCAGUGAGAGAAGGAUUUUACUGCAGAAGGUGUUUGUGCAGUUGUUGGUGAGGCUGUGCUCCCACACUGCCCCAGCGGAGGAGUUAGCACGUAAGGAUGAUCUGACUCUGCUGUUCUCGGCCAUCACGACUUGGUGCCCCCAACACAAUGCCCUCUGGAGGAAGAGCGCCGCAGAGGUGCUGAUGACGCUCUCCAGACACGGACUCUCUCAACCCGUCGUCAGCUAUAUUCACAAUAAGGGCUGUGUGGGUCUGUGUGUGGAGAACAUGGAGCGAGGACAAGACCUCUCCCCUCUCGAGAUCGUUGAGAUGUUUGUGACCGUGUUCUGUUUCCUCAAGGACUCCUCAGAAGUGUCUCAGACUCUCCUCGAUGACUUCAGAUCUUCUCAGGGUUAUGCUUUUCUUGCAGAGUUUCUACUCAGACUGGAGGCCGACACAUCUGAUGAAAGCCGUGAGGCCCUGAGGAAUCUUGUCUUACUCGUCUCAUCCCUGUCCUAUUGCGGCUACAUAGAGUUAAAGCCGUCUUCUGCAUCAAUUGGCUCCCUGUUCCACUUACAAGGGUUCUCGUUGCCUGUUCCAUCUGGGAGAGGCACCAGUGUGAGAAAUGUACAGGCCUUCAACGUCCUUCAGUCAGUGUUCCUCAGAGGUACAACAUCCAACCUCUGCUCAGUGGUUCUGGACGCCAUAUCAGCCGUGUAUCACUCAGACUCUGCCAACUACUUCAUCCUCGAGCCCCAGCACACGCUAUCCACUUUUGCCGAGAAGAUUCACUCCAAGCCAAAAGAAAUACAAGAGAAGUACUUCCAGCUGCUGGAGUUUGUUGUGUUCCAGCUGAAGUUUGUCCCCUGUAAAGAACUCAUCUCACUCUCCAUUCUACUAAAAGCUCAACACACUCUCUCCUGCUCUAUCAUUUGCAUCAACACACUGCUCACCAUUCUCAAGCAUAAUACAGUCUUCAAGGAUGUAUACCGUGAAGUGGGUAUGCUGGAGGUGUUCGUCACUUGUCUCACAAGAUAUCAUGAACUGCUUAAAGUACAGUCCAAUGAAGAAUCACUUAAGAAAGAGGAAGGCACCAGCAUGGAGGAGAAGUUGGGUUUCCUAGUUAUGGAAGCACUCACACACCUCCUCUCUUCAAAUAGUCAAAAUGCUGCUGUCUUUAGAGAGUCAGGAGGGGCCAAGUGUGCUGUUGCUCUUGUUCCUCACCUAGAAUGUCGCCUUCAGGCUUUAGGUGUAAUGCAGCAGCUGAUCCUGGCUGAUGAUGACAUGGGGUCAUUGCUGGGUCUCCUCCACUCAGCCCCUCCCACAGAGUUGCAGCUCAAGAUUGAUAUUCUCAAGUCCCUUCUAGUCUGCUUAAAGGAAUCUCACCGGACAAGAACUGUUUUCCGCAAAGUUGGGGGCUUCGUGUACGUGAUGAGCGCCCUGGUGAGCCUGGAGGGAAGCCUGGGAGACGUCAUACCCCCAGCGUGGAGCACAGUCCCAUCACGGCACAUCCUUACACUCCUGCUAAACGUCUUCAACACACUCACUAUGGCCAUGAGAUGCGAGCCAGCUAAUGCCAAGUUCUUCCAUCAGGAGAUCUGCUACACUAGCUUCUGUGAUACCCUGCGGCUUCUUGGCUGCUUCAUGACAGAGACCCACAUCCAGGACCCUACCGAAGAUACCCUGGACCUGUCCAUCUGCACCAACAGGGAGACUGACACAGCCACCACAUCUCACACAACAGUCGGAGUGGACCUCAACACCUUCCACACCAUAUUCACUACACCGAUUUUGGAAUACAUACCUCCUCCAGAGAUCCCGGUGUCACUAGUGCGGGUGGUACAGAUCCUGCAGUUGAUGUACCACAUGGCCCUUGAUGCCUUUGAUAAAGCUGCAGUACCCACCUUCACCCCUCCUGAUAUUGGGAUGUCUGGGAAGGAUAACAAGGUGAUGGACAUAUCACCAAGCAACAAGCGACCUGUAGGUGGACUCAAUUUAGGCCCAGCACCCACAGAACCAGUCAUAGUCCAUGCAGGAGUGAUAACCACACUACUUCAUCUCCUGCCUUCUAUACAGCAUCCCACUAGCCCCAAGCUGGCAUGCCUUCUUCAGCUAUAUACAGCUCAUCUUAUUAAGAGUCUGGUGAGAACCGAGCGUAACCAACAGUUGAUGUGCGAGGUUGGUUUGGCUGGAGACCUUCUAUCCAGGUGUUCCAAAGCUCUAGUAAAUGAGAAGCAUCCUCUUCACCCACCAUUACAGUAUAUUUUCGAGAGACUUGCAGCUCAGGCCAUACAUCCUAGAGAUCUCAGAAUAUUCAUAAGACUCGGCAACCCACUGAACUGCCUAAAUCUGGAUGAUGUAUACAUUGCUGCUGGUCACUCCACCUACAAUGGUCCGGUCCCUCUCACCCGCAUCAAAACUCUCGUCUCCAUGACAACUCCCCGAGACUUCAGAGUUGGCACCCUUGUGUAUCCAUCGUUCAUUGAGUUUGAUAUGAGCGCCGAAGGUUUUGGGUGCUUGUUUCUGCCCUCAAUGGCACCACAGAGUGCUGGUGGAGGCUCAGUGGUUGGAGCUGCUCUAUCCUCCACAGAACCAAAUGUCAUUGGUGGCAUUGGUACAGGAGACAGAAUUUUCCCACCUCAAACUGGCCUGACAUACAGCACCUGGGUGUGUGUUGAAAAAUACAGUGACCCCAGGACUGACCCCCACUGUGUACGUGUGUUAACCCUCGUCCGACACGUUCCCGGCCGCGAUCAUCACCUGGUCUGUCUCUCGAUCGUCAUCUCUGCGAGGGACAAAGCACUUAUUGUGUCUACACACGAAACAAAUUUCCCACAGCCAGGACAAGGUGUGACAGAGUGGGAACCUGAAGUAGUUGGUGACUUUGGAUGUCGUGUCUGGUGUCCUGACUUGUUAACUGAAGGUCAGUGGCAUCACCUGACUGUAUCGUUAAGUCGUUCAGUGCUCAAAAAUUCCUCACUCUGCAUCUACAUUGACGGUCAACUUGUUACUCAAAAGAAGCUUCACUACAUCCUGCAAAAUCCUGGCGGAGGAGCAGCAAACCUCACCAUCGCUUCCUCCGUAUACGCCUACAUCGGUACUCCUCCAGCAUACAGAAGACACUCCAGACUUGUGUGGAAGCAGAGCUGCUGUCACCUGGUGGAGGAAGUGUUACAACCACAGAUGGUCAACCAGCUCCACCAACUUGGCCCUCACUACACCGGUUCCUUACAGGCAGCGCAGAUACCUGGUGUAGAUAGUCAGAUUUCACAGUCAGUUGCUGUUGUUCCUGAAGAAAAAGUCAUAUUUGGUUUAAAUGCCACGGCAAUAUCUCACCUCACGUUGAAUAAGAUCAGAAAGAUGUAUUCCAAGGUGGACAACAGAGCAAUAGCUAAACAGCAUGGUAUGUCUUCACACGAGAAUGCCACCCCCAUUCGUGUCCUGCACAACUCAGCUGCUCAUCUGAGUGGGCCCUCUCGUUCCCUGGGAGGGGUAGUGGUCGGUUAUCUCGGAGUGAGGGUCUUCUGUCCGAGGCCUGUCGCUGCCAUGCUGGAUAAUGUCGGUGGAUGUUCUGUCCUGUUGGGUUUGGUCGCCAUGUCCAAAGAUGUGGAGUCCUUGUAUGCAUCGGUUAAAGCUCUUUCUUGUGUUAUUAAAACCAGUAAAACAGCUCAACUAGAGAUGAAUCAGAGUUUGGGAUACCAGACAUUGGCGCUUCUGUUACGGAAGAAAAAGUCACUCCUCAACUCACACAUCCUCCACCUGUGCAUGACUCUGGCGGGUUCUGGUGAGGCUCGGGAGUCCUCGGCCAUACCUAACACCCCUGCCUUUAAUGACCUUCUGUGUGACCUGGAGGUUUGGUCUGAUGCCCCUGGGGAGCUGUGCCGCACUCUGCUGGAACAUUUGGUGGAGUUGGCACGUGAGUCAGGAGAGAGGCAUCAUAAUGUUCGCAAAAUGAGGUCAUUACGUUUGGUACAAAGGCUGUUAUUCCUGUUGUGGGAGCAGUCACAAGGCAAAGAAGUAGCUUCCUCCUCUCCUUCAAACAGUUCAUCAUCUUCCACAAAUUCGUCCUCCAUGAACAACAACAACACCGCCACCAUUGCAGCGUUUGCAGCUAACAGUAACCUCAUGUCACUGAGCUCACAAACCACUUCUGUCAUUUUCACUCUCCUCACAACACUGUUAGCCAAUAAUCCGCGUCAACAAGAUCUCUUAUGCUUUGGGCAGUUCAUCGUGUCAACUCUCCCAAUCCUCAGUAUAUCCGAAAAACACAUUGAGAUUAAGACGUGUGGGGACGAAAAGGGAAUGGAGAAUGGGGAUUACACCAUCAUGUCUGUGAGGAGUGUUCUGCUGAGGAACAAGUGUCUGGAGAUUGUUCACACACUCCUCUAUAACUCAAAUAAGAACACCAUACAUUUAGGGUUUUGUGAGGAGGUGGUCAAAGUCUUGGGGCUGGACUGGGUACUGUUGUUCGCCCAGGGUCACCUUCACCCCUCCACCGUCCUCAUCGCCCUGCGCAUGCUUGUGGCUCUGCUGUCUAACUCGGGGAUUUUGCAGAAAUUCCGAGAUGCUUCCCAGAAUGGUGGCUGGAUGAUUGAUGCCCACCAGGUUACUAACAACAAGUUUGGUCAAGUACUUGGUUACUCUGUUGGCUCUGUUGUGCGUUCCUUGAGUGAGAUCCGCGAGGAGGCGUGGCACAUACCCGGGUUCCAAGUUCUGACAUGGCUUGUUCCUCGACAUAUUCACAUCCCACAAGUAUAUUACCUACUCUUGGCACUGCUUCUGGGACAGCCUGUCAAGAAUGUUCAAAACAACACCAAGUUGGACCUUGAUAGUAUUUGGACGUUUGUGUUUGGAGUGCCGGCCAGCCAGUGUGCCACGACCAUUUCUGGCCGUGUGUCUCUGUGCCCGGAGGCUGCCAUCGCCAUUCUCGCCAUGGUGCGAGCAAUGCUCAACCAGGAGGAGAAAGGAGAAUUUAUCAACGCUUCAUCAUCAAAGAGCACAAAGGAGCUGCCAGAAUGGUUGCAGAGUUACCCAGUUACCCUUAUACAGUUCUUAAGGUUCCUGUACCAGCAAAAUGGAGACUUCCUGCCAGUGUUCCUCUCAGGGGAUGUCCUGGCAGCUCUUGCCUCCACACUCUUCCCUUACACUGGUUCAUCUGAGCCCCAGAGCCUCACCUCCCCUGAUGAUGAAAAGUUCAUGUCCGGGGGAGACGUGGUGAUCGUCAAGUGUGAGGUUGAUGGGAGUCUGACCAACCAUCCAGCAAAAAAACAAGUGAUGGAUUUCUUGAAAAACCUGGUGGUGGACUCCCUCUCCCUCCCUCCUGCUAGUAAAGGCCCUCACACCAUCGACCUGCUGCUGGAGGCCACCCCAGAGAACAGCAGUGUGUCUCAGGUGUGUGAGUUCCAGACACAGCUGCUGGGUACCCUCAUGGAGCACCUCUUAGAUGCUGACAUUCUCAUUGGGGAAGGAGCGGCUCUGCCCGUGGUCGCUGGAGGCUCGGUCCAACACAUUGCACCCAACGUCUUCUAUCUGGCUGCCAGGAUUGUCGACAAACUGUGGGCAGGAGUAUUCAACAAGGAUCCCCACGAGGUGUUCGACUUCAUCAUCAAGCUCAUCUCACAAGCUAAGCGUCGGGCAUCGGGGAUUAAUUUGGAAUCCAUUUAUCACUGUUUGAACCGCACCAUCUUGUACCUGUUGUCCCGCCCAGCCGACUCCAUCGCUGCACAGAUGUCCAUACUGGAGGGCCUGCACAAACUUACCACCCACAGGAUUGUGGUGUUUGGAGCUGGGAAUCAUGAGCCGGAGUUUGUUGCGUGUCUCACCUAUUGUUUACUGCAACUCACAGCCGAUUUUAAAAUAAACACCGACACAACUAAUAGAUCCAUGUGGCACGUGAACCCCGUGGCAGAGGGCGUGGAGGUUGGUGAGGGAGGCAGUAAGGGCGGAAGCACGCCAGGGAGCAUUAGUAGACAGGGUAGUGUGAGGGACUUCGCAGAGGCUACAGCCACCCAGAGUCACAACCUGAUGACAACAGCAGCGACCAGGGUGUGGGAGGAGCUGUACAUUACCAAGAAACCUGCAAUUGAGGAGGUGUUCAAGGUGUCACUCAGUGCAGGCACUGGUAAAGCUCCAGAACUUUCAAGUGUAAGAGACUUGGUUAACGAGGCAUCACACAGACUCUGGUUGGGAUUCCUGGAGGGAGAGAAGAAACAGUCCUACCGCCUUCCUUGGGAGAUUCCCACACAGAUCCAGAGUGUCACAAAUAAACUCCAGAAGGUGACAGGAGGUUUGACCCGUUUGGCCUCGCGCACUAAAGGUCGUCGAGAGGACAGCAUGGUUAUCCGUAAAGUUAACAUGCCCAUGUCAGAUGUGCAGAUGGCAACUUUCACCCAUAUAUCCAUCAUUGGAGACCUUGUAGACCUGCAGUACAGGCAGUACCUGCAGAAACAGAAACACAUGACGAGCUACGUGUGGGAGUCUUGGCAGCGGUGUGAGAGGGAGUUAACACGAGAACGAGGCCUCUGGGGGCCUAUGAAGGGUUCCCAACUCGACAAGUGGAUUCUGGACGCUACCGAGGGGCCGUGUCGGAUGAGGAAGAAAAUGGUUCAGAACCGACAGUUUUACAAGCACUAUCCUUAUAAGCAGCAACCUGAGAAUUCUGAAAAUAGACAACUCAAGUACAAAGUAGCUACAAGCUUUGACAGUAAGGAGCACGCUGAGAGGCGAAGACCAGACGGCUUGUCCGACUCAGAGGUGCGGGAGAAGGAACCGGUGGUAAUUGAGGAGGAAACAGCCAACAUUGAGACUGAUAAUUUUGCUGGCAGAGAAGUUGGAGAUAUAGAUAUGCAAGGACUGCAGGGUGCUCUAGUGAAGAACGGCGGCCUUAACAACCGUACGGCCUCGGAGACAGAGGACGACAGUGAGGGACUGGACAUUGGGGACUUGGUCGGCCAGGACACCAACGCUCCCACAGAUGACUCACAGAACCCUGAUAACCAGACUCUGCUGCGGUUACUGGACUAUGGAGAAAAGAUAAGUCACAUGUUCCGGUGUGCAAGAAUACAAGGUUUAGACACCAUAGAAGGUCUGUUACUGUUUGGCCGGGAACACUUCUACAUUGUCGACGGCUUCACGUUGCUCAAAUCUCGUGAGAUUCGAGAUAUCGCGUCUCUUCCAGAAGGAUCUCACGAGCCCAUUGUACCUUCAACCAGCCCUGGGACUAGCCUAGAGCACCAUGCCUGUUCUAAGUUCCACUAUGAUGAGAUCCGGGAAGUGCACCAGAGAAGAUACCUGUUGCAGCCCAUUGCCUUGGAGAUCUUCUCUUCUGACGGGAGAAACUACUUACUUGCCUUACCUAGAAAACUACGCAACAAAACAUAUCAGAGAUUGUUGAUGGUGUGCACUGGGCUGGCAGACAAUGCCCAACAAUCAGUAGAGGGUCAGAGACGGUCAGCAAGUGUAGAACAAGCAGGGGGUCUGUUUUCUUCCAUCAUCGGGGAAACAUCUGUUACACACAGAUGGGUGCGUGGAGAGAUUAGUAACUUCCAGUACCUGAUGCAUUUAAACACACUGGCAGGACGUUCCUACAACGACCUGAUGCAGUACCCAAUCUUCCCCUGGGUUCUGGCAGAUUAUGCCUCCGAGGAAUUAGACUUAUCAAACGGCACUACUUUUAGGGAUCUCUCAAAGCCUAUGGGAGCUCAGACCCCAGAUAGAUUAGAGCAGUUUGCAAAGCGUUACCGUGAGUGGGACGACCCCUCGGGAGAGACCCCACCCUAUCACUACGGCACACACUACUCGUCAGCCAUGAUAGUUUCUUCCUACCUCGUCCGCAUGGAACCCUUCACACAGCACUUCCUUAGGUUACAGGGAGGACAUUUUGACUUGGCCGACAGAAUGUUCCACAGCAUGAAGGAGGCCUGGCACUCUGCCUCUCGUAAUAACAUGGCAGACGUCAAGGAACUUAUACCUGAGUUUUUCUAUUUGCCUGAAUUUCUUCUUAACUCCAACAAGUUUGAUCUUGGUUCAAAACAGAGUGGGAAGCAGUUGGAUGAUGUUGUUCUUCCUCCUUGGGCGAGGGGAGAUGCCCGAGAGUUUAUCCGUCUCCACCGUGCGGCUCUGGAGUGUGACUAUGUCUCCGCCCAUCUACACGAGUGGAUAGAUUUAAUAUUCGGAUACAAGCAGCUCGGACAGCCGGCAGUGGAGGCUGUCAAUGUCUUCCACCACCUCUUCUAUGAGGGAAAUGUGGAUAUUUACAACAUUGAUGAUCCUCUUAAGAAAAAUGCAACUAUUGGAUUUAUCAACAACUUUGGCCAGAUACCCAAGCAGCUGUUCAGGAAGCCUCACCCUUGCAAGAAGCUGUCUGGGCAGCGUACAUCCAUCAUUGACUCCGGCCCACUCUCUCAGGCCCCGACGGUGACACCAUUAGAGAAGGUCUUUUUCCACAACCUUGAUAACUUGAGACCCACAAUGCAUGCAGUGAAGGAGGUGAAAGGCGCUGUGGGCCAGAUCAUAGCGCAAGACAAGGUGAUCUUGGCCGUGGAGCAGAACAAGACGUUGAUCCCUCACUCCUAUCAGCGGUACCUUGCCUGGGGCUUUGCUGACCAGAGUCUUCGUAUUGGUGGCUAUGAAAGUGAACGUGCAGUGUUGGUCAGUGAAACACCCCAGAAUGGUGAGAUCCUUGCUGCCGUCUGCCCCAACAACAAAACCAUCAUCACUGCUGGCACUUCAACGGUGGUUAAUGUGUAUGAAAUCAUCAAACGUCAGCUGGUACAGAAGAAGUCACUUUAUGGUCACAGUGACGCCAUCACGUGUCUGGCAGCCAGUAGUGCUUAUGGCCUUUUGGUCUCAGGCUCGAGGGAUCGUUCAGCAAUAAUAUGGGACCUGGCAAGACUUGCAUAUGUCCGUCAACUCAUUCCUCACCAGGCACCUGUGGCUGCUCUGGCAAUCAACGAACAAACGGGUGACAUAGCCACAUGUGCGGGAACUUGGCUCCACGUCUGGAGUAUAAAUGGAACUCCAGUGGCCUCCGUCAACACAGCCUUAGGUGCCCACUCUCCCUUACAACAAAUCCUGUGUGUGUCCUUUUCUACAAUGUACGAGUGGGACCCUGGCAACGUUAUAAUGACAGGCUCCUCAGAUGGGGUUGUAAGAAUGUGGAGUGUUGAGUACGUCCAGGUACCAGCGGACGAAUCAGCGGCUAAUAAUAACAACUCUAACUCAGACAGUGACCAGAAUGUUGAUUUGAAGAUUGGCAGUACUCAAGGGAUCAACAGCAGCAGUAAGGGCUCUAAAUCCCCUAAAUCUCCUAACGGAAGAUCCCCUACCCAUCCCCUCCAACCUGGCCGCUCUGCCCGCGCUCACGAAGUAGUCCGUCGCUUAUCCACCGUAGAAGACUUCCCUCCGGCACUAUUGACAAAAAGUGUAAGUGAGAGUAGUCUGUCUGAGGAAGGGGAGAGUGACCUAGAGGAGAUUGAGAAGGGGGCAGCAACAGAAGAGGUGGGCAGUGUUGACCUGGAGUCCUACACUGUGGUCUCCUCGUACUCCAACAAACUGACAGCUAGUCAAGAGGAAAUCUUAACAGGUUGUGCGGAUCUGAGCCCAGAUAAGGGUGGCAAGGAGAAGCGCCCUCUGCACCGCCAGAUAGCAGUGUCCAUCUCCACAUCCAGCACUCCCAGCAUAGAGGCCUCUCACUCACAGUCUCUUGAAGCACAUGAUGACAUCAUUCUCAGGAGGAGUUCAAACUUCCCUCAGGGUGUUGCCAGAGCAAUAAGCACUAUUGAGAGAGGAGCUUCACACGAUGGCCAGAGGGGUCACGACCACAGGCUUCAGACCAGCAAGAGUGAGACCAGUCUGGCAGAUAGUGAUGCUUUUGUCUUGAUUUCUGACUCUGAGGUGAGGGAGGCCCAGACUCAUCAAACUGUGGUGACUGAGACCAAGAAGAAGCUGCCUAGGAAUCCUCUCAUGCCAGGGAUGAAGUGGGCUUGUCAGCUGGUGUUCCGCAGUAAGCUGACCAUGCACACUGCUUAUGACCGGAGGGACAACACAGAGCCUGCAUCUGUCACCGCUCUAGCUGUUUCCAAAGAUCAUCGAACAGUAUUAGUGGGAGAUGCCAGAGGUAGAGUGUUUUCUUGGAGUGUACCUGACCAGCCGGGUCGAGCUGUAGCCGACCACUGGGUUCGUGAUGAUGGAAGUGACGGUUGUGCCAAUUGUCAGGUCAAAUUCAGCAUCUAUGAACGACGUCAUCACUGUCGCAACUGUGGUCACCUCUUCUGUUCGAGAUGCAGUAGAUUUGAGUCAGAAAUCUCCCGCCUUCGCAUUCUGAAGCCAGUGAGAGUCUGCCAGAAGUGCUACACCACGUUGAGACAUGACAAAUAAGUCUGAAACUACUCAUAAUUUUGUGAAUGUAAUUUUAAGUCAGACAAUGUUUGCAAUUUAACAUACAAUGUUUGCAAUUUAACAGAGACUUUUUUUGCAACUACUUGCAUUUUUAUUGAUGAAUUUUAACAGGUAUUCUUUGUGGUAAUAUAGAAACUGCCAUAUUCAGAAAGACACACAAUAUUCCUUUAACAACUUAGUUAUUGGUUGUUAGAGGUUAAUUUACUAACCUUUGGUUAGUAAAUAACAGUUAACAUAACCUCUAAUUACUGAUGGUUGAAUAUGAUAGUCACAAAUGUAUAAGUACAGUAUACUGUGUUCAGUCAUGGCCUGCCCGCAGAAGUCAACUUUACCAUUGCAUUUCAGUCAUGUGUUCAAUUUUUUUCCAAAAGUGGGAGAAAGUGGACGAGGUGAGCGUAAAUUAUUUAUAUAACUCAGGGGCUUCAUCUUGCUAUAUGAACACAAGUCUGGGGUUGUUAUGUCUGGCAGGAGAGCAUCACAAAGUGUCAGUGGAGGGAGGCAGCUCCAUAUAUUUGUUGCAUUCUAGCAAUGAACUUAUUCAUGCUAUCUUCAUAAAUGACAACUUCUUGCAUGGUGUGUGACUGCAUAUUAUAAGAGACUUGCUGAUGUCAUUAUAUCAGAAAGAUCUCAUAUUGAUGGAGUAAGCUUGGAUACAGUAUAUAAUAAUUUUAGUUGUAAAUCUGAUUCAUUUGAAAGUUAUUUUAUUUGAUAAUACUCAACAAUUUAUUUUCAUAAUUUUAAUUCUAGUAAUAUUUAGUGAUUUUAUCCUUCCCAAUAUCACAUUAGAUAGUAAUGAAAUGAUAAUCUCAAAUGUGUUAUUUAUUCACAAAUUGACAGUAAGAUGUAUAAUUUAUUUGUGUAUUGACAGUAGAUUGUAUAUUUGAACUACAAGGGAAAGACUCGCCUCUAUGUGGAUCUUUUAUAACCUUUUUUUUUUUACUGACAUUGUUCUGUUCAUCACUACAGUACUCUGGUAAUAGUUACUGUACACGUGUCUCUUGUACGUUACUGUUGCUAAAGGAAGGUUAUGUAUGACUGAUACUGUUGAGUUAUACUGUACAGGACUCAUUUUUUGGUCCAAGAUCUGCUUCUCUUGUUGACAGAAAUGUCCAGCUUCAAGAUGUAUGGUUGUUGAUUAAGUAUUGUUAAAGUAAAGAAAUGUGUUGUUAUUUGGGGUCACACAAAGGAAUGCUCGGACUCUCAUGACAUAGGCGUGAAAGUUACUGUUACAGAGCAAUUACUGUAGAAAUAGUGAUAUUGUAUAUUCUAAAGAAAUAUUAGUCACACAUUUAUGUGUUCAGCAGUUCCUGGGCUUACGUGCAGAGAAUUAUGUUUGGCCGUAUUGAGUCAAUAUUGCCAUUUAUGAUGGCUCAACAUAAUUUUUAAGGAGUGAGUAAGCUCACUGGCCACACACUUUGUGUUAGUCUCGAAGAGGAAAGCAUAUAGUUGACGUAUUGUGUACAUAGUGAAGAGUCAUUGUUUAUAGUGUCACCCAUCAUGACGUAUUGCCUCUGUCUCUCAUACAACAGGUCGGGAAUGUCAGUUGUCUUUGAAAGAUUUAGGUUUCCAUUUGGUGGUUGGAGGCCACAGGGUUUUCAUAUAUUUUUCUCUUUUAAUAAAAAGUGACUGCAGAAAGCUUAGGUAAGCAUUAUUAAAAUCUUCAAUCUAACCUUUAUUGACACAAAGCAGAAUACCAGAUAUCCUGAACAAUGACAUGUGAUAUGUAUGUGCCAGUGCAUUAUUCUAGAGCUCCAAUGUAAAAAUGUGCAUCAACACAGCUUCUGAAGUCUAUUAACAGUUACAUAGCCUCAUUUUCAAGUGGUAAUUUGUACAUUGUGUUCCGUUGAAAUUUUUGUUAUAUACCUUUGACAUAUCAUUUUUUAUCCAGUUAAUGACUACUGUAUACACAUUGACAGUGAUGUGACACAAGCAGACUGUCAGGCGGACAUUUUGGCUAUCAUCCAUCACAACACCUUCUAGUGUUUGAGGCUUACUAGUAAAACUCACUACUGUGUUACCCUUACAAAAUAUAAAUGCAAUUUGGUUCGAUUAUCAAAUUGAUUUAAACAGUUUUCAUUUGUUGAAUUUAGACACAGAGCAGUUAUGGAAGACUAAUUAAUACAACCUGCUAAUGGAAGUUGAGGAUAUGAGUUGGUGUGUAUUGAUAUAUUUUCCUGUUAUCCUAAUCCUUCACUGUUACUUUCUACACUUAUCUUAUACAGUAUCACUCCUCUUCUGUCUUCCCACUCUCUUCACCCCUUGACUCACCCUACACAAAGGUAUAACAAAAGGGAAUGUGAUAUAUGGAGAGAUCAAAUAAUUAGUCAACAUCCGGACUGUGUGUGUGUGUGCCAGAGAUUGAGAGGAUAUCUGGUAUUCUUCUCUAAUAGUCAUGUUCUCACUAUUUUCUCAUGAAUUAACCUUUAGAUUAAUUCUGUUUUAUAUUUUGGACUAUCUAUCUAUUCUGGAACGUUAAGAUAUGAAGUGUGUGUCUCACUUGUUCGCUUUAAAUAAUUUUUUUUUUUCAAAUGUGCACUUUGCCACUACGAGGAAGGAAUAUGCAAGCGAUGGAUUUUAACAAAAGGUUGUAAGUCAAGCGGGCCUCAGUCCUAAUAGACUCCAAUGUAAUCUAACUGUUUGGAAUGGUUGAGUUAGAUUGGGACUAAAAGAAUGGUUGAGUUAGAUUGGGACCUAAAAGAACUAGGGCCCAAUUUGACUAGUGACUUUGCUGAUAGAACAAUGGUGUGUAUUGUCCAUCUCAGUGUUAUGUGAUGCCUCCCACCAACAUGUGCCUAGAAUUCUGUGUAGAUGUGAUAGGUCUCCCUGUGAUCCUUUGGCUGGUCUCGCCUGUGCUAUUUUACUUGGUUCAUCACCGACACAUUUUAGUUUGUCCGUCACCGAACAUGUUUUUAAUUUGUUUGUCACUGAUACGUUUCUGUAGUUUAUCUGUCACUAAUACUGUAUGACACAUUCUUGUGUCACUUUCAUUGAGACAUUUUAAUUUUUCUUUAGCAUCACAUUUAUGAAGGAAAGUUUGAUACCUUUCUUGGUAGCUGAGGAGGAUUUGUAUGUGUUCUGUAUAGGAACACCAGAAAAGAGAGAUUUUCUUUAAUAUUAUCAUUAUUAUUUUUUUAAGGUUAUUGAUUAUUCGGGCACUUGCAUUGGAGCCUCUGGUAUGGAUUGUGGAAGAUUGCUUCAUUCAUUAUUGAAAACAAAUUAAAAUUUGAUACUGAUAUGUCAAGAAGAAUCUUUAUACACUUUCUUAGAUUAACGUGAAUGCACAGUCAAAUUUUCUGCGAUGUUUUGUUUAUAAAGAACUAAAGGUGAUAGAACCUCAUCCAUCCUUGUGUGGAUCUUGUUGAGUAGUACUUUCAUCCAAGGGUUAUCCAUGAAGGGUUGUAGCUGUUGCAGGUCAACUGGACCCCAGUUCUAAUGGGCCUCACCCUAAUCCAGCCAUUAAGAUGUUAAUCCCUUAUGGCUGAGUUCCAUUAGGAGUGGGGAGUAAUCCUAGUGCCUAGUCCCGGUAGGACUACUGUGAGAACUGACCAUUAUUUGAACUGUCAUGUUUAAAUUGAUUUUGAUAAAGAAGGCCCUGUAUGUUGCUGCUUUUGGUUGACGUAGGAGUUGGGAAGAGUAAGGAUGCUGUAAAAACUUGUAAUGAAUUAUUUGACAUUAUCAGGAGUGAGGCAUUUGGUAAUUGUCACUCCAAAGGAUUUUUUGAAUUUUUGGCAAAUUUGCCUUGAUACCUCUGAGAACUACAGAGCCUAUGGCUCUUUUAUUAAGUGCUGUAAUAUAACCAUCUCUAGUCAAGAGAAAACCAGUUUGACAUUAUGCAGUUUGUUCCAUUUAGAUGAAACCAUAGGGAGUAAUGAAGACUCAAAAGGAUAAUGGUAUUUGAGAACACACUUCAUGAAGUACACAGCUGUCUGCCUCACAGUACAGUACAGGUACGUGAGCCACACAUGCUGUGAGGCUGUCCUCAAAUUGCAGAAGAAAUCUUCAACAGAGUUCACCUUAAGUGGGUAGACAUAUUACUAAAAUGUUAUAAUGUUGAAUUGUACACAAAAAGAUCAAUAUCCUUUUCAGUCUUCAUUACACCUUAAGGUUUCAUCUAAAUAGAGUAAUCUGUAUAGUAGUUUCAGACAAAAUUUCCUGGUCACCAUGGUUGUCUAUCACCCUCUGAGUGGCUGUGAUGCUCCUCACAAUAAAUGCCACUUUCCUGGCCACUGUGCUGUGGGCCUGCUCUGUUUUGGUCACUGUGCCCUUUUCAUGAAUUUCCAGGCCUAAACUUUGUACUGUGAAAGAUACUCACUUGUUACAAAAGGCCAUUAACCCUUACUUUUAAAAACAUUCCAUAGUGUGUCACUGUAUCCCAACAUCUUUGAAUUUGUGUGAAUGAAUUGUUACUUUAUUUUUUUAUUAUUGUAGCCUGUGUGAAGAAGAAUGUACUGUAUAAAUGUUUUAUGUUCUUUACCCUACUGAUAUUAUUUAAGAUCUGAUGUAUAUUUUUAUGUGCAAAGUAAUUUAUAGGCAGCAGUUGAAAUCGAUUAUUUGACCAUAAGGAAUAAGUAAAAUUGUUUUAAACUAAUCAUGGCUUAGAAAGUUAAGGGUUCUUUUAGGUCAAAUGGGCUCCAGUUCCUGUUAGUCCUCAACAUUGCCACACCUAUAGUAUUGGGGCCUAUUACGACAGCUCCAAUCCUAAUGGUUGGCUUGGGUCCCUUUUGAUCAGUGUAUAAACUGCAUGUCUUGGCUCACAGCCUUACCAAAAGUCCAAUCUUGACUAAAAGUGAACAAAAAUGAACAAUAUUUUAGAUCUGACUUACUUGUGAUUGCACACUGUGUGUCAUUGGGAGUUACCUUAAUAAAGCCAUCAAUAAAUGGCUUAAUUUUGUUGUAUGUUAAUUGAGAUUCAUCCUUUCAGAAAACAGCAUAUUAUAGUAGUAAUCAAAACAGCUCUCAUUUGUUCCUAGAAAUUUGUUGCUUGAUUUGUCCCUGGUGUGUUUUUAUAAGUGAGAGCUUGUGAAGUUUGUUACACGGUUAUAAAUACUCAUUAUUUGUAUUGUACACUCUCUUCUUUUUGAAGCUCUUCCCCAGUAUGCCUCAGGGUGGCCAGAAUUGAGCACCACAACCUCUCCCACAUUUCCUAUUGUUCAUUCUUUCUGUCAUUGUUAUUUAUUCAGUAUUUAUCAGCCAUGAGAGAUUGAACACAUUAUCCCAAGGGUUAAAUUUUUAAUUUUGCCCUUCAUAAGCAGACCACCUUGUAUUAAUUAUUAAGAAGUAUCCCCUCUCUCACAUUGGUUAACAGACUAGUAGCUAAUUAAGGGGAACAUUUAGGUAUCACUGCAAUAUUGGGAGGUUAUAUUGACACACACACACACAUACACUGAAUAAAAGUACAGUACUGCCAUCGUUAGCCUGAGUUAUGUGCCAUAAUUUUGUUUAUGAAUUAUUUUGUCAUCAGGUUACAUAUUAUAAGGAAGUGUAUUUCCAAUUAAGAAAUUGUUUUAUGUUUUAUAUAAAUAUUACCAUAACAACCAUGUAAGAGUUACCCAUGUGAAUAUUGUUAUUGCUUGCAUUAAGAUUGAAUAUAUGUUUUUCAUAGAUAUUGUACAACUACUAUGUCAAAAUUACCUCUGUGAAUAUUAGUACUUCAGUUAAGGUAAAUAUUAAUAUUAAUAUAUAUAAAUAUAUUUUUUAAUCCCAAAUCAGCUUUAAUGGUAAUUGUAAAUUGCACUGGCACGCACACUCUAGGAUGUUCUCAAGGAAGAGUUUACUGUAAGUAGUGAAUAUUUUAUUAUUUAUUAAACAUGUGAUUGAAGGAAUGAGGUUGAAUAUAUUGGCCAGAUUACCAUAAUUCACUUCCUUCCAGUGGAUUUUUAACAAUUAGCUCACGUGGUUCAGCUAGAGGUUGAGUGUCCAGUCGAGGUGAGAGGUUUUAGACAAUAUAUUUUCUUCCUUCUUGCUUCUCCAUAUGAAACAUUCCAAUGAUUUUUAUACCCUUUUUCCUUAAUUUAAUUCUCAGAAUAUGAAUAGCAAGGUCACACAAUAUUUUGGUAUAUUUUAGUGAAUGGUUAAAAUUAUUUUCUAGCAGUUAUAUUCCCCGAGACACCAUGACAGUAUGAGGAUCAAAGAUCAUUUACCUUUUAUUACUACUACUGCUGCACACUGCCCAACACCUCAGCUGUCUCUCAUCUUGUAACUAUUCAUAAAGGAAUACUUGUUAACCUUUGCUUUAUUACAUACCAAAACUGUUGUUGCGAGAUGACAGCGUGUAUGUCCCACAGUUUUGGUUUGUGACAAAAAAGGAGGUUUAACGGGUCAUUUCCCAUACAAUCGGUCCAUUUUGCCUCGUCACACUAGAUGUCUGUAGUGCUUAUUUCAUCUGCACAUCUAGGCCAAGUAAAUUCAUUAUCAAAUAUUAAUUAAAUUCGUUUUUCACCCAUAUUUUGUGGAUAUGGAUUUUAGUUUUCUCCUAUUUUGUGAUAUGAGCUUGUAGUUUGCUCAUACUAUGGGGAUACAAGCUUCUAGUUUCUCAUAGAUUGCUGAAGAGGGUUGUCAUUAGAACUGCUGUGGCUGGAAGAGGUGUCACGGGGAAAUGUUAAUAUUGGUGACAGAGGGUUAUAGAGGCACUGUAGUUUCAGAAUAGCUUGUGUUAUAUGUAAAAUAAAGUGAUCAAAAGAAA